AUGGAUCGUAAUGCCGUUCGGCGCAAGCGUUAUGCUGAUAUGCCACAACAUUUAAAAGAUGCAAUGUUGCGGCGAAGGAGAGAAAAAUAUGCUGAACAGAAAGCGCAAUCCUCUUCGGUUCAUGCUCCUAACUUGACUGUUCAUGAGCAUAACCAUUCCAGACAGGACAGUGAGAAAUUUACUUCCAGGGCUGGUCUCGAUUCUAACUGUUCUGCAUUGUCAAGUUCGAACGACCAGCCAUUUCAGCCUGCUAAUAUUCAGUCAUCUACUGCUAUCUCUAUCUCGUCUCAACAAGCACCUCCUCCAGUUCCUUCACCCCAUCCCUCGUUUCUGCCUCAUAGAGCUCGUGAUGCUAUGAACUCUGAAGAAGUCUCUCCCUUCGUACCACUUUCCCCAUCUGUUUCUCCAUUAGAUAGGAUUGCUAAACGUAACUUGGUUAGUCCGCACCUAGCAGAUGAAGGUCAAUCUGCCAAGAGGUUAAAGCCUAUCGCCACGCGCCUGUCCCGUUUAGACAAGAUUCCAUCUAAACCCCUUGUCCUUCCUGAUGUACCUUGUUGUAGUCAUUGUGGUGCAAAGAGGUUCUACCUUGAACCUCCAGGCUUUUGUUGUUCAAACGGAGGCGUUUCACUUGUGCAGCAUGCAAUGCCUUAUGAUCUCAUUCGUCUUUUCACUGGAACGGAUGAGGAAAGUAAAGAAUUUCGAAGGAAUAUUCGCACGUUUAACAACAAUCUUGCUUUCACUACAUUUGCUGCAAGAUAUGAUAGAAAUCUCACAAAAAAUAGCAAGGGGGUUUACACCUUUCGUAUACAAGGUCAAGUCUAUCACUUCCUUAAUAGCCUCGUUCCUUCAGCCUCCUCUCCUACUGGUAUUCAGCUGCUGUUCUAUGACUACGAUGAUGAAGUGUCCAGGAGACUUCAAGACUCGCCCCGUUUGCGAGUGGACACUCUUAAGUUUCUAAUGAAUAUACUUCAGACAAAUCCUUAUACCAAGUUCUUUAAGAGUCUUCGUGAAAUUCCUCACCUUGAACACCAUCGGAUCAUACUCAAUUCUGAUCCAGGGUUGGAUCAGCGAGUAUACAAUCUUCCAGCUACUUCUCAAGUAGCUGCAAUCUGGACAGAGGACGAUGAUGCCGAGCUCGAGAAAAAUGUUCACAUUCAGGUGUACAGCCAUUCGAGUUCCAGCCAUAGGAUACAACAUUAUUUUGCUUGUUAUGACCCCUUGCAGUAUCCGCUAUUGUUUCCUCGUGGGGAGUCUGGCUGGCAUCAUGGUAUUCCAAAAAAAACUGUUUCGCAUCCAAAAAAAAGAAAACUUGAAGAAAUUGAUAUGCUGGACGAUGUUUCCCUGAUUGAAGGACCUUCUGAAUUGAUUAAUCUCGAGAAAACAGGUGCCGAGAACAAGAAGACAAAACGAGACACUGUGUCCGCUAGGGAGUAUUACUGUUAUAAAUUUCAGAUAAGGGAUAGUGAUAGGUCGAUGUUGUUACAUGCAAGGCGUCUAUUACAGCAAUUUGCAGUUGAUGUUUAUGUUAAAAUUGAAACGUCGAGGCUUAAUUUUCAUAGAAAAAAACAGAACGAAAUUAGGUCCGAGAUCCUUAAGGGAGUCAUUGAUAGCAUGUCUGUUGGCUGUACAUCUGGGAACCAGGUUGGACGUAGAAUAUACCUGCCAGCUUCUUUCAUUGGUGGUCCAAGGGAUAUGAGACGUAGGUACCUAGACGCUAUGUCUCUGGUACAGAAAUAUGGUAAGCCCGACCUGUUCUUGACUAUGACCUGUAACACAAUGUGGAAAGAGAUACAUGAUAACUUGAAGUAUGAUGAGGAAGCUCAGGAUAGACCAGAUUUGGUUGCUAGAGUGUUUCGUGCGAAGUUUGAGGUGCUAAAAACAGAGAUAGUUAAAAAGAAACUGUUUGGUGAAGUUGCAGCUUUUGUUUAUGUAAUUGAAUACCAGAAAAGAGGCCUUCCUCAUGCCCACAUUCUGGUGAUUUUGAAACCAGAAGCUAAACCACUGAAUCCAGAGACAUACGACAAAAUGGUUUCUGCUGAGCUGCCCGACCCAAAUGAACAAAGUUACUUGUACUCCCUUGUUAUAAAACACAUGAUGCACGGCCCUUGUGGAUCGCUGAACAAAGACAAUGUCUGUAUGCGCAAUGGAGUGUGUAAAAAUCAUUACCCAAAGGAGUAUAUUGAACAUACUACGCAUUCUGAAGAUGGCUACCCGCAUUAUAGGCGAAGGAAUAAUGGCAGGUCCGUUAGAGUGAGAAACCAUUCUUUGGAUAAUAGAUGGGUUGUCCCCUAUACUCCAUACCUGUUGGCUCUUAUAGAUUGUCACUUAAAUGUCGAAAUCUGUUCCACUGUUAAGCUGGUCAAGUACUUGUACAAAUAUGUCUAUAAGGGGCACGACCGAGUAAGCUUUCACAUAUAUUCUGAGAAUGAUCCAGAAGAUAUAGAUGAGAUCCAUGAAUUUCAGUCUGCUAGAUGGGUAUCAGCUGCUGAAGCAAUGUGGCGCAUUUAUAGGUUCCCGUUGAAUGAAAUGACGCCUUCCGUUUACACACUUCAGUUGCAUCUUCCAGGAGAACAAGUUGUUUCUUUCCACAAGAAUACGAAUCUGUCGAAUCUGGUUGAUAGUACAGAUUUUACUAAGACGAUGCUGACUGAAUUUUUUGCCAUGAACGGGCGCAGUAAACAGGCACGUAAACUGAAAUGCCUGUAUCGAGAGUUUCCAGAGUACUUUGUUUGGCACCCUAAUAAGAAAAAAUGGACUUGUAGAAAGCGUAGAAAGGUGAUCGGCCGAGUGGUUACUGUCCGUCCCAACGAGGGCGAACGAUACUUUCUGAGAUUGCUUUUAUCUCAUGUUCGUGCGCCAAAAUCAUUCGACCAGCUUCUCACUGUCGAUGGACAGCUUGCAUCUUCAUAUCGAGAAGCUGCCUUUCGAAUGGGCCUGCUCCAGUCUGAUACCUACAUAGAGGACACUCUUGAUGAGGCCACUGCCUUUCAUAUGCCUUGUUCACUUAGAGCCUUGUUUGUCAUGUUACUUGUUUUUUGUACUCCUUCCAAUCCCAUCAAAUUAUGGGAGAAAUAUGAAGCUGACUUGUCCAGUGAUUUAGAAAGAACGAGCUCUAUAACCGGCUGUGAUUCUAAUUAUGUCAGGAGAUGUGUGCUACAGGACAUAAAUAGAUCCUUGGAGCAGAUGGGUAAACACGUACGUGAUUACCAUCUUGUUCCUGACAGUUUUCUAUUUACUGAGCAUGAACGCUUGACCAAGGAAAUCGAAAGUGAGCAAAGCGUGCGUUGUACAGAAGACGAUUUGCUGACUGUUUCUCGGCUGAACGCUGGUCAGCAAGCUGCAUAUAGUGCCAUUAUGUCUGAGAUAUUUUUACCUAAUGGCAAGAGUUUCUUUGUCGAUGGACCUGGAGGAACAGGUAAAACCUUUUUAUAUCGUGCUUUGCUUGCUACUCUGCGGACACAUGGCCAUAUAGCGUUAGCGGUCGCAUCGUCAGGUGUAGCAGCCUCUAUUCUUCCUGGAGGGAGAACUGCGCACUCGCUCUUUAAACUCCCUCUUGAUGCAUCAGCUACUAAGGCUUGCCAGAUUAGUAAGCAAAGCUCGACUGCUAAACUGAUUGUCAUGGCUAAAUUAAUUCUAUGGGAUGAAGCUUCGAUGGCGAAGCGAGACGCCAUUGAAGCAUUCGAUCUGCUCCUUAGGGACAUCAUGGAUAGUGAUAAGCCGUUUGGCGGUAAGGUCGUGGUUUUUGGCGGUGACUUUCGUCAGACUCUCCCGGUUAUUCAAAAUGCAACAAGAGAUAUUCAAGUUCAGUCCAGUUUUGUUAACUCUGCUUUGUGGAGCAGUCUACAGAAGGUCUCUCUUAAAGAGAAUAUGCGAGCUCUUCUAGACAGCCCGUUCUCAGAUUUCCUUCUUAGAGUAGGAGAUGGAACUGAGCCAGAAGAUGCCGAUGGAAAAAUAACUCUGACCAAUGACAUGUUAGUGCCAUACGAUGAAAAGGAAAAAUCUCUUGACAGGUUAGUGGAUUCAGUGUUUUACGACUUACGGAUUUAUUCCUUCGACCCCUAUCUAAUGAUCAAUAGGUGCAUUCUCUCCGCAAUGAAUAGUGCAGUUGAUGAUAUAAAUCAGAUGAUAAUUGAUCGCUUCCCGGGUCAGCCUUUUACGUAUACAAGCACUGAUAGAACACUUAAUGAGCGAGAUCAAGGAGAUUACGAAGAUUUCCUUAAUUCUUUGAAUCCAAAAGGCCUCCCUCCUCAUAAGUUAACCCUGAAGAAAAACAGUCCUGUCAUUUUGAUGCGUAAUCUGAACCCGGCUGAAGGCCUCUGCAAUGGAACUCGGCUUAUUUGUAGAGAACUGAAGCAAAAUACAAUUUGUGCCGAAAUUGCUGUCGGACAGCAUCGAGGGAAAAAAGUCUUUCUCCCAAGAAUUCCGCUUCAGUCAUCCGAUAAUGAAAAGAACGGAAUCCCUUUUAAGAGGACUUAG